AGCGGCUGGGAAGAGGGGAGGUCCCUGGCCCCCUGGGGAUUGGGGAGCGGCACUAGCUCUGCUCUGGCGCUGACGGGCUGGGAGCCCGGGAGGAGUCGGGGGCGCUGGCGGCCGGCCCGUCCCUCCUGGGCGGAGCUCUCUUCUCCCCUGCUGCAGACUGUGGGUGCCCGGGAGCCAGACUGGAGCAAGCCGGAGCCGGAGCGCGGCGGCCGUGGAGCAUGGAGCGGGCAGCGCCCUGAGUCCCUUCCCCGGCGGCAGGCGGCAGCAUGAGCUUCUCGCGGCCCCUGCGGCGCUCCGUGAGCCUGAGCCAAGCCCGGACCCUGCGGCUGGUGGUGCUGGGACAGGGCGCCGUGGGCAAAACAGCUCUAACUGUGAGAUUCAUCACCAAGAGAUUCAUUGGGGAUUAUGACCCUACUCUAGAAAUGAUUUAUAGACACACGGCUGUCAUCGAUGGGGAGAUGGUGCACUUUGAGAUUCUUGACACAGCAGGACAGGAGGAAGAUUCCUUGCAGAUCGAGGAGAAGAUCAAGUGGGGGGACGGCUUUGCCGUGGUGUACUCUGUGACUGACCGGUGCAGCUUCGACGAGGUCAUGAGGCUGUGCUUCCUCAUCAACCACAUCCACUCGAGCCCCAAGCGGAGCGGCGGGAGUGACCAGCCGCCCGUGGUGAUUGUUGGCAACAAGAAGGACCUGCAGUUUGACCGGAUGGUGUCUUGUGAGGAUGGCGAGAACCUCUCCAAAGCCCUGAAGCAUCCUUUCUACGAGAUCUCCACCAGGGACAGCUACGAAGAGACCGUGGUGGUGUUCAACACCCUGUAUAAUGAGCUGAUGAGACAGGGGCACUUCUCCCCGGGCUCCUUCAAGAGGAGGGCCGUGUCUAAGCUGAUGGAAAAGAUUCCAAAGAUGCAAGCCAACUCCACCCUAAACUCUGGCGGCCGGAGCCUCAGCUUCAACUCCUUCAGGGACUACAUACCGGAGUGAGCCCCCACGUGGGCAGGGUGUGGGAGAGAACAGUGCCCCGGAGCAGCCUGGAUUGGCAAUGGACAGGCUGCAGGCUGCUCACCUUCCCAGUCUAGAGAGCGCUGUAUGUCGCAAGGGUGGCUCCUUUCAGGCAUCUGUAUUCCAGGAAGGUCACAGUGCAGAUCUGUGCUGGCUUCCUACAGGGAAUUAGCAAGAGGUGUGUGGCCCAGUGGGGUUGGUGCAUCAGCCAUUCACCUGUAAAGCCCAGGGGCUUACUUCCUUGCUUAGAUUCAGCAGUGAAAACUCAUUUGGAAGGGUCUCCCUCCUCCUCCUUAUCCCCAUUCUGUGCACAUCACAAACUGCCACCGAAUUUAACACAAUUGGCAGGCUCCUCUCAGGAGAGGCUUGGGGGCACUGCAGGCUAGGACUGAGGUGCAGACCUGUGUGGGUGCCCAGGCCAUGGUUACCAGGGUCUGCUGUAGGGCAAAAUCGAGAUGCAUUGGUAGAAUUGGCAAGAAGCUUGCACAGCACAUGCUGUCAUUCUGCCUGGCUAUUGAUCUCUCUGUUCCAUGAACACAACAUCCAUAACUUAGGCCAAAUAGCGUACAUUAGAUUUGUCAAAGCAGGUCAGACCAAGGGUCUGGCCAGCUGUAUCUGCUGUCUCUACCGAUGGCCAACACUGGAUGCUGUGGUUACGUACAGCUGUUCGUUUAUGGAUGCCACUAGCCAUGAAAGUAGCCAGAUCCCACUUCGGCAAGCUUCUUCCAAGUGUUUCCAGCAUUCCCUGCUCCCACCCCAUUUCCCACACUCACUUAGGACCUAAUUCUGCACCCAUCAAAAUCAAUGGCAAAGUUCUCAUUGACUGCAGUGGUGUAGAAUGAAGCCCUUAGUGCCUUGGAGGUCACACCAUUGUGACCCCACCAGCUCAGUUUGACUCUCAAAGACUUGCAUGCAAACACUCAGCACUGAAUGUUUCCCUCCACCUGCAGCCUGCUCCCUUCAGCGUGCCACACAGAUCCUCUGAGUGACUACUUUGGUGGGCAUGGGGAGCCUACUGACACAGAGAUCAUGUGGCCGUAUAGAGGAAAGAGCCUUAUUUCUGACUGUCAUAAAUGUCUUAGAUCAGGGGUCGGCAACCUUUCAGAAGUGGUGUGCCGAGUCUUCAUUUAUUCACUCUAAUUUAAGGUUUCGUGUGCCAGUAAUACAUUUUAACAUUUUUAGAAGAUCUCUUUCUAUAAGUCU